CCAGAACCCAACCUCUCGCUCUCUCUCUCUCACCCAACAAUUUGCUACCAAGUGACGAAGUUGUUUAUUAUCUGAAAAACAAGGAAUUCAGAUGCAGAGCUUUUGAGAUCUGAAAUUGGGAGGUACGUCAAGUGUCUGGAUAUCUGAUUCAUUUCACUAUAGCUGCUGCUGCUGAUUCUUGGAUUUUUCUCUUGCUAUAUGCCAAGUGUGUUGUAUUCCUUCUGAAUUUGGUGCCGCUGUUUGUUUUUUUGGGGGUUUUUUUUGGCUUACGUCAAAGUUGAGGUGAAUAUGGGUGAUGACAAUUGGAAUGAUGAAGAGAAAGCAAUUGUUGCUUCUGUUUUAGGAACCAGAGCAUUUGAUUACUUAAUUUCCAGCUCCCUUGGUAAUGAAUGCUCAUUGACGUCAUUAGAAAACCAUGAUAAUUUGCAAAGCAAGCUCUCAGAUCUCGUAGAUAAUCCUAAUUCGGAUAGUUUUAGUUGGAAUUAUGCCAUUUUUUGGCAAAUUUCCCGUUCCAAGUCGGGGGAUUUGGUUCUGGUUUGGGGUGACGGCUCUUGUAGGGAGCCUAGAGAAGGAGAAGAGUUUGAAAUUGCUCGAAUUUUGAGCAUUCGUUUAGAGGAUGAGAACCAGCAGAGGAUGAGGAAAAGAGUUCUCCAGAAGCUGCAUGUUCUGUUUGGUGGUUUAGAUGAGGACAACUAUGCUUUUGGAUUGGAUAGGGUUACUGAUACUGAGAUGUUCUUUCUUAUUUCCAUGUAUUUCUCCUUCCCACAAGGGGAAGGAGGUCCCGGCAAGUGUUUUUUGUCUGGGAAGCACUUAUGGUACUCUGAUGCCUUGAAAUCCACCUACGAUUACUGUUUCCGGUCAAAUCUUUCAAAAUCUGCUGGCAUUCAGACUGUUGUCUUAGUUCCAACUGAUGUUGGGGUGGUUGAGCUUGGAUCGAUUCGUUCCAUACCUGAAAGCAUGGAGCUUUUACAUUCUAUCAGAUCAUCCUUUUCUUCAAAGCCAAGGGAUGCCCUCGUGAUGGGGAGCGACAGAGGUGUUACCGCCCAAUUAACAAGCUCACUGGUUGGGGAGAAGAAGAAGGAAGAUGCCCGUGGUGCUCAUUUUUUGGAUUUGGGUCUUGUUGAUCACCCUGUUAAAGCAUCAAAGAAUUUGAGGCCGGAUAUGAGUUUGAGUUUGCGCCAGCCUCAAUAUAGAGAAAAACUUGCAGUUAGGAAGGCGGAGGAUCAGCGGCCUCCCUGGGAAGGAUUCCCAGUUGGGAAUCCGCGGCUCCUAAUUUCAAAUUCCAGAAACAGGAUAACGGGUUCGAAUUGGGCACAAUUAAGCAGUCCCCAGGAGGAAUUUCAACUAAACAGCUUUAGGUCCCAAAAGCCAUCAACAGAAAUGCAAAUUGAUUUCACAGGUGCAGUGUCUCGACCUUCGGUACUUUCUCGGCCGGUGAGUGGUGAUUCUGAGAUCUCGGAUGUGGAAGCUUCGGGCAGGGAUGAAAGAGCUGCAGUAACUGCUGUAGCAGAUGAUAAAAGGCCUCGUAAAAGGGGGCGAAAGCCUGCUAAUGGAAGAGAAGAACCCCUGAAUCAUGUAGAAGCAGAGAGGCAGAGGAGGGAGAAGCUGAACCAGAGGUUCUAUGCUUUACGAGCUGUGGUGCCUAAUAUUUCAAAGAUGGACAAAGCUUCACUGUUAGGAGAUGCAAUCACUUACAUAACGGACCUUCAGAAGAAGCUGAAAGAGAUGGAAUCGGGGAGAGAGAGGGGGGGAAGCAGUUGCAUGGAGAAGAGUGAGUCAGGUUUAGAGAAAAUAGAGAUAGAAUCAGUUGAAGAUGAAGUAACAGUGAGGGUAAGCUGUCCUUUAGAUAGACACCCAGUAUGUAAGGUGAUUCAAGCAUUGAAAGAAGGUGAGAUGAGGGUGAUAGACUCGAAGAUGGCUGCAGGAAAUGAUAAGGUGUUUCACAUAUUUGUGAUAAAGUCUCAAGGAGCAGAACAACAGGUGACGAAGGAGAAGUUGAUGGCUGUAUUUUCAAAGGAAUCGAACUCUUGUUUACAUCCAUUGGCAUAGGAAAGGGGAAGGUACAAAUAGAAAGUUUUGUAUGAGAUUAGUGGGUUCUUUGAUUUACUUAUGUAUAUUUAUUUAUUGAAGGUACAAUGUAGGGUGAUUGUGUUGGUUACUUUUGAUAUACUACAUGUAUAUGUGAAGCUUAAAUUUAGAGCAGGAAAGUUGUUUGUUUGAAAAUGAA